AUGGGACUGAACGACAGUAGCCCAGGGGCCAUGCGCAAUGGCAGAGGCCUCUCUGACCAGUGGGCUGAGUCGGUGGUGGUUCGGCCCCGCACAACAGAGCGCCACAUCACUGUGCACAAGAAACUGGUGCUGGGCUUUGCCCUGUCCAUCCUCACCCUCAUCAUCGUCACUGCAGUGGCCGUGGUGCUGAGCGUGCGCUAUGAAGAGUGCAGUGUUCGAGAUGGGCCUCCUGAGCUGGGCUCUCGGGCUGCUGGAGGCUCAGCUCGACUCAAUGGGAGCAGAGACAGAGCGGGGGACAGGGGCGAGGAGGAGGUACAGCCCUGGAGGAGCUCCCGUCUCCCCGGGACACUCCGGCCAAGGCACUACGAGCUGCGGCUGGCUGUGUGCAUGGACAACUUCACCUUCUCCGGAGAUGUCAGCAUUGAGAUAGAGUGUGUCAACGCCACGCGCUUCAUUGUGCUGCACACUGACCGCCUGGAGGUGGACCGGGUCUCGGUAUCCGCGGAGGGCAGUGGCAGUGGACGCCUCACAAACAGACCAGGGGGCGGAGUUAUGCGCAUCCAUCGCCACUUUGCCUUUCCACUUAAUCAGAUGUAUGUGGUGGUCCUGCACCGGGAACUCAAGCCAAUGAGGCUGUAUCGACUCAAUAUCAGCUUUGAUGCAGCCAUCGAGGACGAGCUGUUGGGAUUCUUCAGGAGCUCAUACACCUUACACAGAGAGAAAAGAUACCUGGCCGUGACCCAGUUCAGUCCAAUCCACGCCCGAAAAGCCUUCCCCUGCUUUGAUGAGCCCAUCUACAAGGCCACCUUCUCCCUGACGUUGCGCCAUGACCCGCAGUACCUCUCUCUGUCCAACAUGCCGGUCGAGAGCAGUGUUUUGAGUGAGGAGGAUGGCUGGAUCACCAACCGCUUCAGCCGCACCCCUCGUAUGUCCACCUACUACCUGGCCUGGGCCGUGUGCAACUUCACCUACAGAGAGACGCAGGCAGACAGCGGAGUCACGAUCCGUCUGUAUGCCCGGCCCGAUGCCAUCUCUAGUGGAGCGGGGGACUACGCUCUCCACAUCACCAAGAGGCUCCUGGGAUUCUACCAGGACUACUUCCAGGUCCAGUACUCCCUGCCCAAGCUCGAUUUGUUGGCCGUGCCCAAACAUCCAUACGCUGCCAUGGAGAACUGGGGCCUGAAUGUGUUUGUGGAGCAGAAGAUCUUACUGGACGCGGAGGUGUCUUCAUCAUCCUAUCAGAUGGAGCUGACCAUGGUGGUGGUCCACGAGAUCUGUCACCAGUGGUUUGGAGACCUGGUGACCCCAGUGUGGUGGGAGGAUGUGUGGCUCAAAGAAGGCUUCGCGCAUUUCUUCGAGUAUGUUGGCACCGAUUUUCUCUUCCCAAAAUGGAACAUGGAAAAGCAGCGUUUCUUGACAGAUGUCCUCCACGAAGUGAUGCUACUGGAUGGCUUAAGUUCCUCUCAUCCCAUCUCGCAGGAAGUCCAGCAGGCCACAGACAUCGACAGAGUUUUUGAUUGGAUUGCCUACAAAAAAGGGGCUGCCUUAAUCCGGAUGCUGGCCAAUGUGAUGGGUCAGCCGCUGUUCCAGAAAGGACUCAAUGAUUACCUCCUCAGUCAUAUGUACAGCAACGCAGCCCGGGACGACCUGUGGAACAAACUGUCCAAGGCGAUGAGAUCCGAGGGGCGGGACAUCGACAUUGGAGAGAUGAUGGACAGGUGGACUCUACAAAUGGGAUAUCCAGUCGUAACCAUCAGCAAGAACCAAUCAGAGCAGCUUCCGACGCAUUACAUCAUAGUGAGCCAGGAGCACUUUCUGUAUGGACAGGAUCCCAAGACUAACAAUAGUUUACAAUGGCAAGUGCCGCUGACUGUCGCUGUGGGAAACACAUCUAUGAUCAGUACAGAGAAGCUCAUCUGGAUCAAUAACAAAACAGAAAUGCACAGAAUAGGUGAGAUACACGAGAACACAUGGUUGCUCGGUAACAUCAAUCAGACGGGUUAUUUCAGAGUGAACUAUGACCUUCAGAACUGGAAACUCCUCAUUCAGCAGCUACACUCCAACCCCCAGAUCAUCUCCAUUGGAAACAGAGCAGGCCUGAUCGAUGAUGCCUUCAAUCUGGCCAGGGCAGGGUACCUCCCUCAGAACAUUCCAUUGCAGCUGAUCAGCUACCUGCCGGAGGAGUCGUCCUUCCUGCCGUGGCAUGCUGCCAGCCGAGUGCUGUACCAGCUGGACAAACUUCUGGACCGCACCGACGAGUACAGCUUGUUUAGUGACUAUGUGCUGAAGCAGGUGGCAUCCCGCUAUCAUCAGAUGGGCUGGCCCAGUGCAGGACCUGGCAACGAGGGCAACAUCCUGCAGGCAUCAUACCAGACUGAGGAGCUACAGCGAGAGCUCAUCAUGUUAGCGUGCAGCUUCGGGAACAAGCAGUGUCACCGCCAGGCCGUGGCUUACAUCUCUGACUGGAUUUCCAGCAACAAGAACAGGAUCCCUCCUAACAUCAGAGACAUAGUAUAUUGUACAGGGGUCAGCCUGAUGGACGAGGAUGUAUGGGAGUUUAUCUGGAUGAAGUUUCACUCGUCUGGAGCUGUGUCUGAGAAGAAGAUCCUCCUGGAGGCUCUGACCUGCUCAGACAACACCUUCCUCCUCAACAGGUUACUGAACCUGUCCCUGAGCUCUGACCUGGUCCCGGAGCAGGAUGUGAUUGAUGUGAUUAUCCACGUGGGCAGAAACCCUCAGGGACGUGAUCUGGCCUGGAAAUACUUCAGGGAAAAGUGGGACAUCCUGAAUGCACGAUAUGGAGAGGCUUUGUUCAUGAACUCAAAGCUGAUUGGUGGAGUAACGGAGUUUCUCAACACAGAGAAGGAACUAAAUGAGUUAAAAGAGUUCAUCCAGAACAGUGGUGUUGGGGCAGGACCUGCGUUGCCGCGGGCGCUGGAGAUUGUUGAGGGAAAUGUCCGCUGGCAUCGUCUUCAUCGGCGACAGUUCUACCAGUGGCUCCGAAAACCUCAAAACUCUAAUGGCUUUAACGGAUAA